AUGCCGGUGUGUUUCGGCGCAAGCCGCAUCGAGCAGCUCACUGCGGAUGAUGACGCAGCCGACCGCUCUCAAACAAAUAAAUCAUCCACAGAAGGAGGUGUGACCACCGAUGACGAUCUGGAAAGUCGAAUGAGUAGACGAUCAUCGGUGCUGGUGGAUCUCAUCUCUUUAUUUCGACGCUCAUCGAGUGUGUUAUUACGACCGCACACAAGCACACGGAAUGCGGGCGGAGUGGAUGAUGGUGAAGACGAGGAUGAGGAGGAGGAUACACGGACAAUGUCGAAGGAUCGUAUACUUGAAGCAAUUAGGCAUAAACGGGAAAUUAUUGGUAAACUUCGCAGUCAACCGUGGAAUAUGAAACGAAAGCGGAGAACAUUGAAAGUUGCUCAACGUCAUCUUCAACGGCAAGAAGCAAAAGUAUCGAAAGUACGGUUAUUUAAAGCUGAAGCAGGGAGGCGAAUCACUCAAAUGAGCCGGUGGUUCGAUAACUUCAAAAUUUAUCUCAUACCAUGGGAAGCGAAAAUUAAACGUAUAGAAAGUCACUUCGGAUCCGUUGUUAGUUCUUAUUUCACUUUUCUGCGGUGGACUCUUGGAGUCAAUAUUACUAUGACUGUUAUUAUGCUAAUGUUUGUAAUCAUUCCAGAAUGGUUAGCAGAUUCACGUAUGACCGUUUCAUCUGAACGUUACAAUCGUACGAAAUCCUUGAAAAUUAUGCCGGACGAUGUACGAGCACGUGCAGAUGAAAUGAGUACCGUUUGGGAUCUGGGCGGUUAUAUGGAAUAUUCCUUAAUAUUUUACGGUUAUUAUUCAAGAGAAACUUUUUUUGGCGAAACAAUUCGAUAUCGAGUGCCGGUCGCAUAUUUUCUUUCCAAUUUAUUUGUGCUUGGAUAUAGUUUCUUCACUAUUUUGAGAAAGAUGGCUGCCAACGCUCGUACAAGUAAGCUAUCGUCGGGUAAAACUGAACAAUAUGUUUUUAAUUGGAAAACUUUCACGGGAUGGGAUUUUACGAUAGGAAAUUCUGAAACUGCUGGAAAUGUUCAUAUGGCAAAUGUGAUCAAGUUUCGAGAAGCUAUUGCCGAAUAUGCCGUGAAUAUGAAACGAAAAUACCGAUGUUUACAAAUUCUACUAAGGAUAUGCGCUAACUUGAUCGUAUUUAUCAUGUUAGGAUUUUCGGUUUGGGCAAUCUUGGCUGUGAGCCAAAUUAGGGAAACCGACACGUUUAUAAAACAGAAUGCAGUUUCAAUCACGGUCUCGUUUAUUACGUUAAUAUUUCCGAAUUUAUUCGAGUUAAUUGGAAAAUUGGAACGAUAUCAUCCACGAACAGCACUUAGAAUUCAGUUGGCAAGGGUAUUAUGCUUAUACAUUGUCAACUAUUACACCCUAAUUGUUUCAUUGAUGAUGAAGUUGAGAGAUCUGGAGAAUGAAAGGAAAGUUUUAGAGGAAUCACGAAUGGCUGCUAUGCAAUUCGCGAGUGGACUUCAACCACUAGUACGAAAUCGAACUUUGCGCGAUUUAUUCACUCCCUCGAUCUCCGCUCAUAUUUCGGAACACACCACUCCCGCACCACCCACACCUUGGACGACGGUCUUCUCUGAUUUUGGUCCAAUAGGAGUAUCGAAUCCGAAGGCACUUGUCUCUAAAGACACAUCACUUCAUAAUGCUACUAUCGUAGUCACACAUCCUAUUGGGCCAAGUGGUUCGUGGCGAGACCCAGACAUGCAUAAUUACACAACUUACACUGUAUCCCAUGUGCAACCAUUUCGCCUACCGAACUACAAGGAUAUGUGCUGGGAAACACAAAUCGGACAGGAAAUAACAAAGUUAGUGGUAAUGGAUCUAUUGAUGACUAUUGCUGCCAUAUUAGUUAUUGACUUCUUACGUGGACUCGUAUGUCGUUACUGUAAUCUUUGGUGGUUUUGGAACCUCGAAAAAACAUUCCCAGAGUACGGUGAAUUUAAAGUAGCAGAGAAUGUUCUUCACUUGGUAAAUAAUCAAGGAAUGAUUUGGCUAGGUUUAUUCUUCGUACCGAUGCUUCCACUAAUCAAUAACAUCAAAUUAAUUCUACUUAUGUAUAUUCGAGCUUGGGCUGUUAUGACAUGUAACGUUCCAGCACGACAAAUAUUUCGUGCUAGUCGAUCAUCUAAUUUCUAUCUGAUGUUACUGUUACUAAUGUUAUUUCUUUGUACGCUACCAGUUGGAUAUGUGAUUGCAUCCCGAAAACCAUCCAAAAGUUGUGGUCCAUUUGGAGAUCAACCGCAUUUCUAUAGUGUUAUCACGGAUGUAUUACAUGAGAAUUUGAAUGCAUCACUGGUAGAUGCGAUCAAGUACAUGACCUCUCCAGGAAUCGUAAUCCCCGUACUUCUUCUACUGUUACUGAUCAUCUACUUCCUCUUUGCCUUAGUUCGAGGACUACGUGAAGCUAACCACGAUCUUUCCACUCAAUUAAUGCAUGAACGAACUGAGGAGAAGAAAAAGAUUUUUGAAUUGGCCGGUGGCAGGAAGAGACGGACUAUAACGAUUGCAAGGAUGAAGCCGAAAGAAACAAGGCCAACCUUUGGACAAUGGUCCUCUGAUGAUGAGUCACAUUCACAUCCGAAGUCUAUCGCUAGUAUACCACGUUCUAUUGGUUCUGGUCGUGGAUUUGUGCCGUCUUUGGGGUCUGUAUCAGAAGUAGAUCACAGUGAUGGAGAAGAAGCUGAACAUGAAGUUAAAGCUCCUGUAAAACUCACCUUACGUCAACAGUUCCUUGUCUGUAUCGGGCUCGCCGAUCCUAAACAAUAUGAAAGAUCUGCUUCCAAACAGAACCGUGCUGAAGAAGGCCGGGCGGAUGGUGGAGAAUACAGCGAUGAAGGAGAGGAGGAGGAUGAUAAGAGGGAUUCUGAACGAGACUAUCUUCUACCUGAAAAAGCAAGUAGAUCAUCACGUGAUCGAUCAGCCAAUAGUACGAAAAUCGACAGACCAGCAAAUAGUCGGGAGCCCUCAUAUCGGACUUCUCGGUCAUCCUCAAAAAGAGAUGAGAUUCCGGAGCAUGACGUUGAGUUAGCCGAACAACGUUCAGGCUGCAGUCGAUCAUCCUCUCAUGUUAAUCACUCGCAUCACUUGGAAACAGAGUUUAUAACACCUGCUCAAAGUACUACUGAAGAAAACAGAGGAGAUUCAGGCAACAAAGAUGAACAAGGGUCCUCAUCUUAUUCCGGACAGUCAUCGCACGAUCGUAAAGAUCAUGCGAUUCACCGAACGGCACUACAACUACUAAAACCUGUUACUGGAUCGAAAUCUCGGUCGGGAUCUGGAGGAACUCAACCGGAUGCUUCCCCCAGUCAAGACCUCACUCGACCACCUUCAGCGGAUGGAUCGCUUAGUGACCCAGCGCCUGUCUCUGAUCCUCUCUGGUACACAAGUAAUCCACACAGCAGCUAUACCUCAGCAAUGAUGUCGCCAAUAAUGAACGAGAUCCUAUCAACAGAUGAGGGAACAACAGACGAUGAGAAGGCUCGACUUAUUCCUGACAGAAUGCCAGUGACACAGCAAUUAUUCUCAAGACGGCAGCCAUUUCAACAACGAGCACCAAGAUUUCGUAUUUCCAUGUCACCUCCUCGAAAAAUGGGUGAAGCGAACUUGGAUCCAUCGAAUCGUCGUUUCGAGAUGAGAGUGGCUGGAUCACCAAUACGAGAACGUGGUGACGAAAGUGCUGGGACACAAACAGAGGACGAAGGCGUAUCACCUCGAUCCUCAUUUCGAAGUCGGCAUCGAACACCUAGCCCGUCGAAAUCGACAAGUCCAGCAAAAUCCACCAAAUCCACAACAUCACGGAAAGAUACAACUGAUGAUGGGUCAAGUGACAGUACGAGAAAAACUGCUCAAACUACAUAUCGGAAGUCUCGACCUUUGUCGUUUUCCCUUCGGAUGUCCUCAGUUCCAGACGAAGGGACAUCUCCGAGUACUGGCGCAUCGCUCCCCAAGGCUAGGCCAGUGGCAACCACUGUUACUGCAAACUCCUAUGGUUCCGCAGUAUCCACAAGUGUUGAGGAUUCCGCCAAUCAAGAACGUGGCGAAGAGCAAGAAGAAGAAGCAGAAUUAAAGUAUGGUGCUGGGCACGUGAUUAAUCUUUUUGUACCAGUUUCAUUAUGUAUGGUAAUGGUUGUAUUUACUAUGAAUACUGUCACUUUUUAUUCGCAAAAUGAUGGACGACACUUGUUGUAUACUCCUUUUGUGAAGGAAACAGAUAGUGCCAGCGAAAAGGUACUAAUGUCGUUAGGAAAUGCUCUUGUUAUGUUGUGUGUGGUGGUAUUUAUGACCGUAAUACUCAUAUUCUUUUACAAGUAUAGAUGUUAUAAGGUAAUUCAUGGUUGGCUCAUGGCUAGCAGUUGUCUGUUGUUAUUCUUAUUUUCUACGAUUUACUUGCAAGAAGUGAUGAAGAGCUUUAAUAUAUCAUUGUCUGUAUUCACUGUUUGUUUCUGUCUUGGUAAUUUUGGUGUGGUUGGAAUGAUGUGUAUACAUUGGAAAGGCCCACUAAGACUUCAACAAUUCUAUUUAAUAUCAAUGUCGGCUUUAAUGGCACUAGUAUUCAUCAAAUAUUUGCCAGAAUGGACUGUUUGGUCGGUUUUAGCUGUGAUCUCUAUCUGGGACCUGAUCGCAGUUUUAGCCCCAAAUGGACCGUUGAGAAUUCUUGUUGAAACUGCUCAGGAACGUAACGAACCAAUCUUCCCAGCUUUGAUAUAUUCAUCCGGGAUGGUAUAUUCGUUCGUGUUCACAGGCGCUCUUGAAGGAGAAGAUAAUCAAGCCCAAGCUCAGCCUCCUGUUCAAGCGAGCUCAUCCGAAGAGUCGACUCCAUCAACUAGCGGGCUCUUAGCUACGAGUGGAAGCUCUGCAGUACGCGUGAAGCGAUUUGCACCUCAACGGAGUCAAAGACCAGAAAAAGUUGCUGGUGACAUGUCCCAGGAGGCAGUUCGGUCGUUGAAUGAUGCCCCAAGGACAGUACCGAAUGCCAGAGCCCAGCCGAAUCUCGUUAGAAGAGAACAAGAUGAGAAAGGUGUCAAACUUGGUCUGGGCGAUUUCAUCUUCUACUCGGUUCUAGUAGGAAAAGCAAGUUCGUACUUCGACUGGAACACGACAGUUGCUUGUUACGUUGCGAUUCUGGUAGGACUUUGCUUCACUCUCGUCCUUCUCGCAGUCUUUCGUCGAGCGUUACCCGCUCUUCCGAUUUCAAUUUUUGCUGGCUUACUUUUUUAUUUCUGUACUAGAUGGAUUGUUACGCCCUACGUAUCUGAACUCACUAGACGACAGUGGAUCUAUUAG